AUGUCACUACCAGCUCCCCAAGGCGUUUCCUCUCCAACCUUCAAGGCUCCUCCGCUCGAUGGGUCACUGGCAUUUCCAGAAUUACUCGACUACAAUGCUAUUCAUAGCGCUAAGCACACACUGUUUCGUUACGAUGACCUUGACAAUGGCGGAUUUCGUACCAUCUCCUGGGAAGAAGGUGUCGCCGCCGUCCACACCGCCGGACACUACUUCAAGAAAUUUAUCCAGGGCGAAGCUCCCAUCACCAUCGCUAUUUUAGCUAAUACCAAUUCGAUCACUUACUUCGCGGUAAUCACUGGCUUGAUGCGUCUCGGGUUCAUUCCUUUCCCUAUCUCAACUCGUAACUCUGCAGCCGCCGUUGCCCAUUUGAUCAAGUCCACGGACUCUAGGCAUUUAAUUGUUAGCCGGGAUCCCUCUUUGCAGAAAGUGGCGGACACGGUCUGUCAUCAAUUCUGGGAGGCUGAAGGUGGCGAUAAGAUAACGACCAUACCAAUGCCCUGCUUUAAUGAUCUCUUUUCUACAAAGCCUGGGAGAUACGAACCCCUUCCUUCUGUGCACCCUGAUUGGUCACAAACGGCGUUCAUUAUGCAUUCAUCGGGGACAACGCGCUUUCCUAGUCCUAUCUAUGCCACGCACAAGCACUUGCUGCACCAUGCUGUGAGACCAUAUUAUGGAGAUGUGGACCUAUGUGGACAAGUGUAUGGAUCCCAGUCAGCUGCUAUGUACCAUGUAAUGGGCUUUAUUUCUAUCACGAAUUCCACCGCAACAGGUUCUAUUAUGGCUUGCUUCCCGCCGGUAGAGCCACCUGUGAAACCGACAGCUGAACAUGUUUUAUCAAGUAUAAUUAAUACCGGAACGACAAUAGUCGCCACCAUUCCUUCGUUUUUGGUGGAAUGGGCCAGGAACCCACAGGCUGUCGAGGCUCUGAAAGCUACCACCGCAGUUGCUUAUGCUAGCGGUCCUCUAGAGAAGGAAGCCGGUGAUACUCUCGUUGCAAAUGAUAUCUUGUUACUCUCUGUCUAUGGACUUACUGAAUCUACAGUAUCUCUGGUCUUGCCUAACAGUAUUCCAGUCGAAGGAUGGGAGUGGAUGAAAGUGGCGAGAAAUGUCGAUGUCGCUUUUGUACCAACAGAUGAGCAGGAUGUUUACCGUCUGUACGUCAAGGACGGUCCGUUACACUCGCCUGCGGUCCUGGACACCGAAAUUGAUGGAGUAAAAGCCUUCGACACUAAGGACUUGGUACAACUACAUCCUUCGAACCGGAAAUUAUUCAAGGUCUAUGGGCGUGCCGAUGAACAAAUUAUGCAUAGCACAGGGGAGAAAACAAACCCUGUCCCCAUCGAGGCUGGCCUAGUCCUGGAUAAGCAUAUAGCGGCAGCUAUGAUGUUUGGUCGUGCCAAAUUCCAGCCGGGCGUCCUCAUUUUGCCCACUCCAGAGGAAACAUUUGAUCCGAAUGAUACCACGCGACUUGCGGAAUACCGAACUAGCAUCUGGGAUACUAUCACGAAAGCCAAUGAGCAGGCACCUCAGCAUUCUCGGAUCUACAAGGAGAUGAUCAUCGUUGCAAACCCGGCAAAGCCUUUCGAGUUCACUGUAAAAGGAUCUCUUCGACGUAAGGCGGUCUUAAAAGCGUACGAGCAAGAAAUUGAGUCUUUAUACAAGACUGUCGAUGAAGCGUCAGAGACGGACAUCGUUAUUCCGCGGCUAUGGACUUUGAAGAAUGUCGUGACCAUGGUUAGGGACAUCGUCACCGCAGUCUUCCAACAGAAUAUUGGCGACACCGAUAAUAUUUUCUUAGCAGGAGGUGAUAGCCUUACCGCAACGUCCAUCCGAAACUCAGUUCUUCGGGCGAUUCGUAAGUCCAAAGUAGUACCAGUCGCCGUCAUCAGAGCUCUACCGCAUAAUUUUGUCUUUGAUCUUCCUUCUAUCGCCGCUAUGAGCGCUUUCAUCCACGGAAUCGUAGUUGGUGCAUGCGCUGCCUUAGGAGCUGGACCGGCUACCCGAAAUGACGAGGCCGAUGAGGAAGGAUAUCCCGAAAUCGAUUCUGUCCCUGACUUGGGCCGAAGCCUAGUCAAGUUACGAGAACGUGGAGGCGAGCCGCCUUUGAUUAUGCUCCAUGGCGCUGGAGGAUUGUAUUUCGAAUACGUAUUUUUAGCUGAAAAGUUCAGGACGGCAGUUUGGACCAUGACCGUGACGCCCGAUACUCCUUUGACUUCCCUACGCGAGAUGGCCGCUUUUUAUUUCGCCAAGAUCAAAGCGGAACGGCCCACAGGUCCCUACCGUUUGGCGUCGUACUCGGCAUCGAGCGUUCUCCUCGUUGUGCUUACUAAACUGUUUGAGGGCAAUGGAGAUGAGGUUGUUCAGGCCGUCAUACUCGAUCACUUUCCGGCGAUGUUCAUGUACUCGGCGAACAAGUUUGGGAACCCGGACCCGAGGGUGGCAGAGAACAUCAAGAUGAUGCUCGACGCGGGAAUGUCUGCGAUUGGGGACAUGAUGGACCGGGACGCGCAUGGAAGCACCCUCCGGCGUUCGAAGAACCUUCUUCUCGAAGCCUGGAACGGUGGCCCAGCCAAUGAGAUCUCAAGAAAAUCAGUCGGUACCAUAAAGGCAUACCUCACUGCCAUCGCCGAGUUUGUCUACGAUUUGACUACAGACGAGACUGGCGCGGCUUCGAUGGAGUUGAUGGCUCAGUGGAUGAGGACUAUAAAGGCGCCGAUAACGGUGGUUGUUGCUGCGGAAGGGUCGGUGAAGAGCGUAGCUGAAGAAGAUAGGGAGAUGUGGGCGGACUUGGGCACAAAGCGGUUUCUUCCCGACGCGCGGGUUGUUUUUGUCAAGGGGGGUCACUAUGAGUUCUUAACAGACGACAGUGUUAUACGGCUGCUGCAAGAAGGUUACUGA